AUGGCUAAUCCUCGAGAAGAUUCCUUUGACGCUCACAACCCCACUCCCAGUGCCAAUCCGACAUCAGAAGUGGGAUCAGAACGGCUUCGAGCGCUGGAAGGGCAGGUCGCUGUCAUGAACAACCUAAUUCAUACGCUAAUGCAAAGGCCAAAUACGGGAGCCACCAAAUUACCACAUUUUAACCCAGAAGUCGCAGGCGCCGACCCAGCCGCGUGGUGCGCGGCUGUUAGUAGGGCCAUGAAGAACAACCUCCUACGAGAUGACGCGCUAUACUCUGCCUUAAGUGACUCUCUACAGGGUUCUGCAGCACAUUGGCUGGCACGAAUGACGGGAGACGGAGAGGUUACUUGGUCUACCGUUAAGGAACGAUUCCUUAUACAUUUCGGUGGCCGAGAGACGACGUCCUCAUCGUUAAUCAAGGUAUCCAGGGAACCGCGGGGAGUGGGCGAAUCCACGGGGGCGUUUGCCGGCCGUGUCCGUUCCCUCCUGCAGACGCGGUGGCAACAUUCUACGCUAGACGAAAUACUUAACGCUGUCAUUCUCUACAUAUUAAUUCCACACGACCAACGUCUUAAACGAUUGGCCCUCACGAGCGAUAUCAGAACGGAGGACCAAUUUCUGAGCGAAAUGCGACCCUUUUGUUACGAAGAAGAGUCGACAUUUUCGCCGAGAGAUGCACCGGCGGAACCCGAAGCUAAGCGACGCAAGUUAUCGGGCCACCAGACGAGGUGUCAUUACUGUGGUACUCUCGGACACAGAAUAAAGGACUGCCGCAAGAGGAUGCAGAACGAACAGCAGAGGGAUGCACGACGCCAGGAAGGAAGCCGACCGGCCGCACCGUCCAAGGCGGUUUGCUACAGGUGGCAUGCGGAAGGCCAUAUCACACCUAACUGCCCGGCACGACGGGACGGUAGACCAAGCCCCAAGGAUGAGCGUAAAGUCAACUCCUGCGUGGUGGAGUCCCCAGCCGGUAGUUUAAGUCAUCUGGGUGAGUCGUUCCCAUUUUACUUCGAUUCCGGAGCCGAGUGCUCAUUAAUUAGAGAAUCUGUCGCUCCGAAAUUCUCCGGUAGGAGAACGACAGAUAUAGUAGUUAUGCGAGGAAUAGGAAACACCUGCGUUAAGAGUACAUCCCAGAUCUUAUCUACGGUACGCAUUAACUGUUUUACAUUGGAGAUAAUCUUUCACGUUCUGGCCGAUAGUCACUUGCAUUAUGAUAUCAUGAUUGACCGCGAGAUCUUAAGCCAGGGUUUUGAUGUAACUAUUACACGAAAUAGUGUCGAUAUUUGUAAAACGAAGACUAUUAAUGCCUGUAGUAAAACCUCCAAAAACGAGAUCAAUAUCAAUGCGGUUGACACUGACGUGGUUGGUAACGAUAAAAGUCGGUUAAUUUCUGUUCUCGAGAAAUUCAAAAAUUCAUUCAUUACGGGCUUCCCACGUACUCGCGUAAGCACGGGCCAGUUAGAAAUACGGUUAAUCGAUCCUAAUGUCACCGUGCAAAGAAGUCCUUACCGACUUAGCGAAGAAGAGCGUAGGAUAGUGCGUGAGAGAAUAGACGAGUUAAUUAGAGCAAAAAUCGUGAGGCCGAACAACUCACCGUUCGCGAGCCCUAUCUUACUUGUAAAGAAGAAAGACGGCUCAGACAGACUGUGCGUAGAUUUUCGGGCAUUAAAUAAAAAUACGGUCGCGAACCGGUAUUCCCUACCCCUCAUCGCGGAUCAAAUCGCGAGAUUGCAGAAGGCGAGAUACUUCAUUAGCCUGGACAUGGCCAGCGGAUUCCCAUUCAUCCUAAUUCGACGGAAUAUACGGCGUUCGUUACACCCGACGGGCAAUACGAGUACGUGA